GGGAACUUUAUUUUUCUGCAACUGUUUGAUUGUUCUACCCUGCUCUCCUCCCUUCAAUUACUUCUUCCACAGGAUUUAACCACACGUUGCGUUUCCAGACAUUUUGCCACCCCUCCUUAAAAAAAAAAAGGAUCGUUGUAGAUUUUCUUGUUAGGAUUUUGCCCUGUUUUUGUAUCUAGUUGCGUAACCAGCCUGUUGCAGUCUUAAAUGGGGGUCUGUUGUAGCAAAGGCACAGGGAUAAUUGUGGAGAAUGGCACGGAUGAUAAUAAUGAACAUGGAGAUAGGGAGGCUGAGUUUAGGGACACAAAUGAUGGUGCCGUUAUAAGGUCCCGUGGAUCAUCCAAACACGUUUCCAUGGCUAUCAAACAAGGGAAAAAAGGGAUUAAUCAAGACGCCAUGACAGUCUGGGAGAACUUUGGUGGGGAAGAAGAUAUGGUCUUUUGCGGUGUAUUUGACGGUCACGGCCCCAUGGGUCACAAGAUUUCUCGUCACGUAUGUGACAAUCUACCUUCAAGGGUCCAUUCGAAAAUUAGAUCUUCAAAAUCUGGCGGUAAUGAAAACAUAGAGAAUGACAAUAAUUCACAGAGUGAGGAGGUUCUCUUCCGUAAAUCCGAGGAAGUUCUAGUGACUUUCUUCAAGCAAAUAGACAGCGAACUUGGUCUAGACUCUCCUUAUGAUAGUUUUUGUAGCGGUACAACUGCUGUAACCGUCCUUAAACAGGGUGACUGCUUGGUGAUCGCCAACUUGGGAGAUUCACGAGCCGUCCUUGGCACCCGUGGAAGCAAGAACAAUCUCAAAGCUGUCCAACUCACGGUUGAUCUGAAACCCUGUGUCCAACGUGAAGCAGAGAGAAUAAUGUCAUGCAAAGGAAGGGUGUUUGCUAUGGAAGAGGAACCUGAUGUGUAUAGAGUGUGGAUGCCUGAUGAUGAUUGCCCGGGACUCGCAAUGUCUAGGGCUUUUGGUGAUUUCUGCCUCAAAGACUAUGGACUUCUCUGCAUUCCUGAGAUCUUCUGCAGAAAAGUCAGUAGAGAAGACGAGUUUGUGAUUCUAGCCACCGAUGGGAUUUGGGAUGUUUUGUCAAACGAAGAAGUGGUGAAGAUUGUAGGUGCAUGCAAGGACCGGUCGAUGGCAGCUGACACGUUGGUUCAGAGAGCCGCUCGGACAUGGAGAACCAAGUUCCCAGCCUCUAAAGCUGAUGACUGCGCGGUGGUGGUGCUUUACCUAAACCACCGGCCAUACGGCCCAUACCCAAGAGAAGGAAACGUGAGCCGAGCGAUAUCGACUAUAUCUUGGAGAUCAGGUAAGAGCAAUAACGAGUGUUAUGGAUCCGCGCCGUUGUCACCAUUGAUUCUACCUCAAAGGGUUUCAUAGUAGGGGUCAUUGUAUUGUUUAGUUAAAAUUUGAAACGUUUGUACCUGUUGAGUGAGUCGAUGCUACUCAACAUCAUGCUUUUAUUUGUGUGUAAAAUAAAUUUGUUAAAUAUGUUUUGUUCGAAAAUAAUCAAGA